UCUAGUGUACAAGGCUGGGGAAUCGGACAUUUUAAGGAAUUUCAACGAACCAAGGCAACUUAUUCGAAGAUAUUUCAAGAAUAGGACAUGCUUUGCCUUCCCUAUCCCAUGCACAAAGCCCGAAAAUCUAGAUUCAAUGCCGGAUUUUCAGAUUGCCCAAGGGUUUUUGCAACGUUUAAACGACUUGCACCAAUACCUUUGCCAAUGUAGCCCGAUGAAACUUAAAUCAGGAAAGCCUGUAAACGGAAGAAUGCUGAAAACGAUGAUUAUAUGCUACAUCAAUUCCGUGAAGAAAAACAUGGCACCGUGUAUAAACGAUGCUAUGAAAAGGAUGGCUGACGAGGAAAAUCAGUUUGCAGUGAUGAAAGCGUCGGAAUGCUACAAAGAAGAAAUGAAAAAGAGGAUAAACAAAAUCAUGCCAAAUGAGAGAGGGCUUGAGAAAUAUCACACUGAUUGCAUGGACGAAGCUAUGAAGAUAUUAAAGGAUAUUGUUGUUGUUGAUGAUGGAGAUAUAUUUCACAGAAAAACAGCCGAAUGUUUCGAAGAUAAUUUGAAACGAUUCAAGUCAUAUGUAGAGAGAGACUCCCUUGACAGGUGUAGAAGGUCUUUAAAACAGCUCGACAUGAAAAUUCAACAGAAUAUCAGAGAGAAGAAGUAUGCUCAUGUGCGUGGUUACAGCGAAUAUAUGGAAGACAUUAAAACGCUUGCUGAUAAAUUCAUAGAGCAAGAAUAUUACCUUGGACCAAUGACCAAAGCUGCCUUGCAGGAAUAUAUGGAUACAAAGGUCGAAGAAGAGCAACUUGUUUACGAAAUGGUUAAGGACAAACUUGAUGCAGAAUCAGAAUGUCAGUUGCAUCGCCUUUCAUCUAGUUCAGUCCCGAUGCUAAGGAAGUUUGCAGAUGUUACAGAAGGGGAACAGUCAGUUGAAAAGAAGGCACUGGAGUCAUUUGAAAAGUUGGAAAGUGAUGGACGAAAGAGUAUUGGAUCACAAUAUCUUGAGAACCUGAAAAUGAAGACACAAGAAAUAGAGCAGGCUAAAGCAGAGUUAUCAGAAGACGACAUAUACUAUAAGAAACUUGUAGCAGAGUGCGACAUCUGGGAUAAUAUUUACAAACAGGCGAAAUUCGCGAAAAAUCAGAAAUUGAUCCCCUCGGAGGAUAUACCGUUCAACCCUCGAGAGGCUAAACGGCAAGAAAAUUUGAAAUUGAAAAGUAAGGGAUAUGGAUUGAAAAAAGCCCAUGCAAAUCCAGAAUGUCAAAUAAUUUAAAAACACAAGACACUCAGAAAUAUAUCAUAAUCAUAUAUCUCAAGAAUAUGAAUAUGUUUCACAAACAAAUGUUGACACUUAAUUUCUUCUUAGACUAAAUACGGAUUUAUCAAACAAGAGUAUAUACUUGAUACUUAUAUACAUUUUAGAACUAUUAAGAGUGAUGCUAAAACUAUUUGACAAAACAGUCGACUAUGGGUGCACGUAUUACUUUCCAAUGUGCGUAAAUUUAUAAAGGUAUAUUUCUUAUCCAGUACGUUAUAUUUGUGACACUUGUAAGCAUCAUAUAAAUGCUUUUUAAUGUUUAAAAGAUAGUCUUUAAAUGAUUGCGUGAAUUUGUAUUGUGUUUCAAUUUCAAUGGAAGUUGGUAACAAUGUGCCAUAUAUUUUAAAUAUGAGGAUAUUGUUGUAGGAAAACGUACAAAAUGGUAUGUUUUUUUAGCAAAAUGGUAUGCGCUUAUUUGUGUGCAUUUUUAGCAAAUGGAAAUCUGCAAAACAGUACGUACCAAACAAUGUGUGCUUUUGUAGCAAACAUAACGGUUCGUGUGCGAAAACGAUAUGCUUUUAAAUAGCAAAAUGGUGAAUGGGCAAAACGGUAUGUUCAUUUGUCGCAAAAUAAUGUGCGUUUUGUUGCAAUACAGUACCGCAUAAUGGUAUUCUAAAGUCCUGAUCUUUGAACAUGUAUUGCUGUACUCAGAUAUAUGCUAGUUUAUUAUCCUUCUUUCUUUCUUGUUUGCCAAGAUGACACAUUUGCUUUUCUUUAAGAAAAGUUAAAACAUGAUAUAAAUAAAUGUUUUAUUUUUAUUCUUA